ACAACAGUCAUAAAUAUUCAUGAAGACUUUCUCAUGUUUAUGACAGUCUUAUUCACACCCUGUCAAAGUGUUACCCCUGUUUUCUCCUGUAGUUUCCUGUAGUUUCUCGUCCCCAGCUCUGUGUUUUCAUGCAGUUGAGCUGAAAGUUAUUUGUCGUCUCCUCCCAGCAGCUAAUGGGUUUCUGUUCAUCCUCCUCACUGAGCGUCACAUCCUGGAGGAGAUAAUUCGACACAUAAAGCCACUUUCUCCCUUAAGUAAUAAUGAUCUGCUAAGAGUUGUUUGUCUCCGCUUUAUUGCGCUGUCCUGCUUGUUUCAUUAGUGGAUCUAUUUAGUUUUUUUACUCGGCUGCGGUGGGGGCGCUGUGACACGCUGAGCCCUCUCAUCUGGCCGCUGCAUUAGUGAUGAAACCGGAGCGUCCUCUCCUUCAGACCGGUUCUGAAUCAUCAGCGCCGCCCGUCCUCCAUUCAGCCUCUGAAGGCCCAGCCUCACUCAGCUUUCUCCAGAUGAAGAGGACGCUUUGUGUUUGAUGCAACCCGGCAGAGACACAUACACUCACCGCCUGCAGCUCAUCCUGCAGUUUUCUGGUAUUCCAGGAACUGCGUCGCUCAGUUACCAGGAAGUAGGUGUGAUGUCACACAUCCGAGCGGCGCGGUGUCUAGCUGAAGGUGUUGAUGAUCGCUUCCUGAACAGGGCAGCCUGACAUGUUCAUCGCAUCGUAACAGGACAGAGUCUGAGUUCAUCCAAACCCCUUUACUCUGAGACCCCUGAUUAAAACACAAGCAGCCGCCUUCUGAACAGAACCAGAGUCCAGAUGUUCUGGUUCUGUGGAGAAGCAGCUCAGAAAUGGUCGGAGAUUUAGAUCAAAACACAUAAUUAUAAUAAUUUUAGUUUCUAAUCCACUUUAAAUUUAUAGAAAUCUUAAAGUUUAACAAUUAAUAAAACAGAAUAAAAACCUACGACAUUAAAAUAUAAAUUAAACAUUAAAAAUUAAAACAUGUUGUUUAAAAGGAGAAAAAACAUUUAUGGGUUAAAAUGGCCUAGUCAAAGUGCAGUCCUGAAUCCAGCUGAGAAUCUGUUGGAAGACGUGAAAAUGGAUGUUAAUCUCAGUCGCUUCAAAACCUGGAGUUUAAAUCUGGUGGAAACCUGCAGCUGAUGGUUCACUAACAAGCACUCCACACCUUUCAGAUCCAGUCAUUGUCUCUCACCUGCUGUCUGUUGAUCCGUCUCCAUAAACCCCACGAAUAUUUAGAAGUUUGUGGUUUUAACUCAAAAAGUGUGAAAAGAAGAACCUUGAAAUGAGUCACCUGUUGAUUCAGAGACGACUCACCUGGAAUCAUUUCCUCGUUAACGACCUCCAUCACCUGAGCAGGAGCCUGAACCUUCAGCUGUGAUCGAACCCGAGGGUUUGUCCUGAUCGGGUCCAGAUUCUUGUAGCUCUGAUAGGGGUCUUAACGGGUUUCUGAACGCUUGGAGUCGUGAUGUCAUCAGUCUGACGUUACCUGGAAGCCUGAGGUGGAGCCGUCGCUUCUCCCUCUGCUCACAGCGAACCGGGCCUAACGGAUUAGAACCACAUGCUGGUUCUUUUCUGCUGCCUCCAUUCAACAUGUGGCUUCUGAUGGGAGACCGGUUCUGGUUCUGGAUGGUUCUGGUUCUGACUUUAAACAGGUUUUUGUGUGUUUUUACUGGUGGUAGCAUUCUGUAACAGCAGCAGGCUCUCUGCCCAGGACGGCACACAACAGGGGGUCACCGCCAGACAGAGCUCAGGUUCUGCUGGGCUCAGGUUCUGCUGGGCUCAUUUGUCAGAUUUAAAGAAGCAUUUAGACCUUACAGCUGGUAUGAAACACACUUCUCAUUCAAACAGUAACUGUUUUAAAUGUUUCUGGUCUGAUGCAAUGUGUUCAUGUUUUCAUGUGUUCAUGUCUUCAUCAAGCAGGAAUCAUCAUAACUAACUAAUAUUGUCUAGAAAGCAGCAGACUGUGAAAUGAAUCACUUUGCGUUCAGGUUUUGUAAUAUUCGACAUUGUGGAAUAUUACGAUACAAUCACCUACAGCGCCACCUUUUGGUCUGAUCGGUGUGUUUUUGUGUGGGCCCCAUCCUGGGGCCCUGCCCAGCGCAGCUUAGACUCAGGGGCCGCCCCUGCUGUAAGUAUGUGGAUUUAUCUCCGAGUUUUAUGAUUUUCUCUCCACGUUGUCAUGGUAACCGGACUCUCUGGACAGGAAGUGGAUUACCUGUUGCCUCUUCACUUCACUAAUGAACACUAAACUGUAGUUUUAUCUGGCCCGUGACGUCAGCCGCCUCCGCCCAAUCAGCGCGUUUUCACAGACACCUUGUGGGUAAUCGGCUUUGGCGCUCGAAGCUGUGUGUCCAGCGCCACGCUCUGCGCGCUCUCUGCGCCAGAAAUAGCACCAGCGGGCUCUCUGCGGCAGCCUGACACUUGAUCGGAUUCCCGGCCGCUGCUCCACGGCGCUGCGCUGAGGAGCCGCCGGAAGAACCCCCCGCGGACCGGCUUUUACGCAGACAAGCUCCGGAGUUUGUUGGGUCAGGGUUCGGAGUUCUGUCCCUGCAGGACAGUUCUGUUCAGGGGAACCAGGAUGUUAUCUCUCUGGUGCGGGUUUCUCAGCUUUUGCGUGCUAAUCUGCGCUCAGCCGGAUGAUGGGAAGCGGUACAUCUGCCGCGCAGUGGCAGUCAGCGGCGACGCCGGCUGCCCGGUGACUUUACUGCCGGACCUGAGCGCCGGCGGCCAGGAGGAGGAGCUGCGGAACACCGUCAUGCAGCUUCGGGAGACCAUCGUCCAGCAGAAGGACACCAUCUCCAAGCAGCUGGGCACCAUCAACGAGCUGACCACCAAGCUGUCCCUCUGCGCCUCGGCCGCCAGCGACCGGAAGUCCGGCAAGGGGGGCGAGUGGGGGAAGGACAAGCAGAACACGAUGGGAGACGUUCCCACGGACCCCAACGACUCCAUCGACAGCCUCGGAAAAACCAUGCAGGGGCUCAAGGAGCGGCUGGAGAACCUGGAGCAGCAGCAGAUGAGGGCCAACUUGUCGGGCGCCUCGUUCCCCAGCGAGCUGCGGGAGCUGCUGCAGCGCCGCCUGGGGGAGCUGGAGAAGCAGCUGCUGAAGAAGGUCAGCAGUCUGGAGGAGGAGAAGAGCCAGCUGUCCAACGCCACGGCCGCCUACCGGCUGAAGACCGAGAGCACGCUGAACGCGCUGGUGGAGAGGAUCAGCGAGCUGGAGAAAGGGGCCGGAGACUUUAAGUCCCCUGAGCAGUUCAAGCUGUCCCUCCCCCAGAGGACCAACUACCUGUACGGCCGCAUCACCAAGUCCCUGCCGGAGAUGUACGCCUUCACGCUCUGCAUGUGGAUCAAGUCCAGCGCCAGCCCUGGCGUGGGAACGCCUUUCUCCUAUGGAGUUCCGGGCCAAGCCAACGAGAUCGUCCUGAUCGAGUGGGGCAACAACCCCAUCGAGCUGCUCAUCAACGACAAGGUGGCCCAGCUGCCGCUGGAGGUCCGGGACGGGAAGUGGCACCACAUUUGCAUCUGCUGGACGACCCGGGACGGCCAGUGGGACGCCUACCAGGACGGAGACAAGCUGGGCGCCGGAGACAACCUGGCAGCUUGGCACCCCAUCAAGCCUGGAGGAGUCAUCAUCCUGGGGCAGGAGCAGGACGUGGUAGGCGGCCGGUUCGACGCGGGCCAGGCCUUUGUGGGGGAGCUGAGCCAGGUGAACAUCUGGGACCGAGUCCUGAAGCCGGCCGAGAUCCGCUCCAUGGCCAACUGCAGCGCCUACCUGGCCGGGAACGUGGUGGCCUGGCUGCCCGGCAGCGUGGAGGUGUUCGGCAGAGGCGCCUCCAAGCGCCCCCUGGAGGUCUGCCAGGAGCGGCUCCCCAACUUCUAGAGCGCCGUCACCAUGGCAACGCCGUCCUGGACUUCCUGUCAGAGUUUACAUCUCCAUUGUUUGGUUCGAGCUUUUAAUGUGAAAGUUUCUGAAAGCUCUUCAUGCAGGCUCUUCACGAGCGGCUGGAUGAACAGACGGAUGUCUGUUCAUCCAUCCGUCUGUUCAUCCAUUCACCCGUUCAUCCAUCCGUCUGUUCAUCCAUCCAUCUGUUCAUCCAUCCCCCUCCCACUGGUAGUAAAGUCAAAGUCUGUCUAAUCUGAAAUGAUCUGUGGAAAAGUUUUCCCUGAUGUGUCUGAACCCCUUCAUGGAACUCUGUGUUGCAGCAAAUAUCCAGCCUGCUUCCUCUUCCUCCUCCUCCUCCUCUUCUUCUUCCACUUUCUCCUCCUCUUCCUCGCUCCCAGUAGGCCAAAGAAAGAGGAGAACAAAGGAACCAAUGUUCUUUGUUCUCCAAAGGACCAAAGGAACAUUGGGCAUUUCUCGUCACUAACUGCUGUAAAUGAUAUUUAUCUUCAUGUUGUUGCUGUGUUACACUGUAGAAAAUGAGCCUAUAAAAAGCUUUAAUAUGUAUUUUUAUGAAUCUAAAUUGUUACUUAAUUUUGUGAAUUCCCAUCAUUAGGUUUUACAGUGUUGGCGCCUCGUCACAUGGCCUUCACAGACGUCUAAGUGCCAUUAAAUGUUUGGUUUUUUUACCUGUUUUGACAUCACAGAAAGAGAAUAAAGAUGAUACAUGUCGC